AUAUAACUAGCAGUUAUGCUGCCAUUAAUUAAAAAAAAUAAAAAUAAAUAAAGACAAAAUGUUUUUAUCUUCCCUCAUUGAUGAAAUUUUGUUACAAAUCAAAUUUUUGGCUUCAAAAGCUAUAUUAAAUUAUGUAGGGUGUCAAUUAGCAAGAGUAGUAAUUGUAAAUUUAAAAAAUAUUAACGUAAUUAAUUAAGGCAAAAGAAGCUUGAGACAAAAUGGCUUUCGACACUACGGUGCACAGUGAUUAUCAAUGGCCUUUUCCGAAACCAAUAAUAGGAAAACCAUGCGAGCCCCCAACUCCGGACGCGGCUCCAACCAUACGUCCAGCUCCCGUAGCGCCGUACUGUCACUGCGACGCUCAUUCAUACUCCCCCCGUGUAGAACAAUACAAGCAGUUAUUGGAGAAGGAAGACAAGCUAUGCCAUGAUUACGAAUUGUUGAGAAAGCAGAUGGUGGAUGUAACAAAUGACAUUUUGGAUCAUCCAUGCGAUGAUUUAGACACCAAAAUGAUAACUAUGUAUCAAGCUACUUAUAAAAAGAGAUCGUUUCCAGUGUCAGAUUACCGAACAAUAAUGGCAGCGGCGCAAUCUAGUGCUCCUGUUCCAAUGGAGAGUCACAAAUUAGGGAUGUUGAGAUGCUAUAAAGAUCCUACACAUUUCACUGAUAAGCCACCCACAGUACGUCCCACGAUCAAUCCACCAGGGGUUGUUCAUACCGGAGUAGUUCCUAAGUCAUUACAGACCUGGUUCACGGAAUUCCCCGGUAGAACAGAAUAUAUGGAUACAUACAGCGCCUCUGCCAAAGCGUGUUGGAGAUCAAUGCAAAGGUUUAAAGAACCUAUGCCAUCAACUCGCAGACGGGCUGACGAUAAUUGUGUUUGAAUAUAUUUUGAUUUGAAACUUUUUGGUUUAGUGCCGGCUUAUGUCUACAUUUCAAUAAAAUAAGGGAAGAUAA